UUCACAAUUUAAUACCUCAUGUGAGGAUGAUGAAUAUAUGAUGACGAUUAUAUACCAAGUCAUUACUCAUUGUGAAUAGUAUAUAAAAAUAAUGCAAGUGGUCAAACCAAUCAAGUCCAUGUAACAAACUUUAUUUAAUAUAUAAAUGGACAUUUCUGUAUAAUCUAAGCACACUUUUUAGUACCUAUUCACCGUGUAAGUGUAUAUUGAUAACUUUUUAAAAACUAUAUGCGAUAAAAUGUUCGGCUUUUUGCAUUAUUACCUUGCUACGUCAAUCGGUAGUCUGUUAGAUAACGUCCAAGUUAUUGUUAAUUUCGAAAACGGAUCAGCAGAACUAAAGGAAAUUAUGCCCGUCAAUGUCCGUAAAAAAGCGAAAAUAAUCUUAAAAUCCGCAGAUUUUUCAAAAGUGCCCAGUAUCAGUAAAUACAUAUUUGAUGUACGGAGUAAUUAUGAGGAAUUUGAUAAAGUUGAGGAUACGAAAAACUGCAUUAAAGCUAGACACAUCUUGGGCGUUCUGGGAUUUCUCGGUUUUGCUAAUGUAUAUGCUAUGAGAGUCAAUCUGUCUGUAGCAAUUCUUGCUAUGAUUAAUCAAACAGCGCCAAUUAUUCAGAACAAUACUUUUGACCAAUGCCCAGCAGGAAAUGUGUCCAAUUCCACGACACCAUCUAAUGGUGAAUUCAAUUGGGACGAAAGACAGCAAGGAAUCGUGCUCGGUUCCUUUUUCUAUGGAUACGUUUUAACUCAAAUUCCUGGAGGAAGAUUUGCCGAAGUUUUCGGCGGUAAAAAGGUGUACGGGUUAGGGGUGCUGAUGACUGCAGUUUUUACACUUUUAACGCCUAUAGCGGCUAGGAUUAACUUUACUUUCUUUAUUAUUGUUAGGAUUCUGGAGGGCAUGGGAGAGGGAGUCACGUAUCCUUCUAUGCAUGCUAUGCUAGCAAAAUGGAUUCCCCCUCUAGAGAGGAGCAAGUUUGGUGCUUAUGUCUAUGCAGGUUCUAACUUUGGAACUAUAAUAUCCCUACCGCUUUCCGGUUGGUUAUGCUCUUUAAAAAUGUCUGAUGGUACGGGAGGAUGGCCGUUAGCAUUUUACAUAUUUGGUGUUUUGGGCGUCAUUUGGUUCAUAUUUUGGAUAUUCCUUGUUUAUGACUCACCCACCACGCACCCUAGAAUUGACCGACAAGAACAAGCUUUUAUUCUAGCCAGUAUCGGACCUCAGGAUGAAGAUAAAAGUGCCGUACCAUGGUCAAAAAUGCUCACUUGUUUGCCACUGUGGGCUAUUUUGGUGACUCAGUGUGGAAAUUCUUGGGCCUUCUACACCCAACUGACCGAAUUGCCCACUUAUAUGGCGCAGAUAUUGCAUUUUGAUAUAGAGUCAAAUGCGGUGCUAUCAGCUGUUCCAUAUCUCACCAGUUGGUGGGCUGGCAUAUUUUUCAGCAUAUUUGCCGAUUGGCUGCUACUGAAAGGUUACAUAUCGUUAUCACUGUCGUAUAAAUUAUGGAAUUCAGUUGCUUCCGUUAUUCCUUCUUUGGGCCUGCUUGGAGUGGCCUAUGUGGGAUGCAACAAAUACGCAGCUCAGCUGCUUCUGGCCAUUCCAGGUGCUUUCGGCGGUGCUACAUAUGCUGGUAAUCAAAUGAACCACAUAGCUUUAAGUCCUAAGUACGCUGGUACCAUGUAUGGUAUUACCAAUGCUGCCUCCAAUAUGUGUGGUUUUAUGGCGCCGUAUGUUAUUGGCUUGCUAAUAAACGGAAGGGAAACCCUCGGCCAAUGGAGAAUGGUUUUUUAUUUGGCUGCAGGAAUCAACAUUGGUGCCAAUCUAUUUUACGUGGCGUUUUCCAGUGCUAAAGAAGUGUCGUGGUCCAGAUCACAAAGAGCGAGUUCCAGCAAUUGACAAGCGCUUUAUUUGGCCAUGUUGGUCGAGACGUAGCAUCAGUAGCAGUGAUUUUCUUUUACGCAGUUGAUUGCGGACAAAACAAGGUUUAGAUUUCGUCUAUCUGCAGGUAUUAGAGCAACAUAUUGUGUAUACCCAUAUUGACAAUAUUAGAGUAAGUAAUUCUAAUCGAUAGUGA